UGUGCUGCCGCCCGGCGCCACACGACAGACGCCCACAGCAUCACGCCCAUAAUUAACCAGAGGUAUAAUUAACUCGGCCAAACACCAGGUUAUUAACGCCCAAGAAUUUACCGAACUGCCCAUCAUCUCUACCUUCGCGGCCUAUAAAUUGCGGCUAACCGGCGCACAUCUAAGUUUACCAAAACCGGCGGGUAGCGAACCACCGGAGCUCAACUGACAUACCAAACCCACCGCCCCUCCACCUCCCAAACAAAUCCCUGAUCAUGUCGACGGCGGCAGCAUCUCGGCCCAGCGGCCCCGUCCUUUUGAGUCCCAUUCCCAACUACCAACGCGCAUCUCUCUCCCGUGUCAACCUCUCCGCCGGCGGCUCGACGAUCAAGUCCGUCAGCGUCUCGUCUCCCCCCUCCUCGCCCACCGCCGCCCCCAAGAUCCGUCGUUCCUCCUGCAUGUGCUCCCCGACGAACCACCCGGGCUCCUUCCGCUGCAGCCUCCACAAGGAGCGCAAGCAGGAGGCCCCGGCCGCCGGCAGCUGCAGCAAGCCAUCCUCCCCGCCUUCGCCGCCGUCGAGGCGCACGGCCAGCCCGUUCGCGCAGCUCGUCUCCGGAGGCAGCGGCUGCUCUAUGCGCCCGGACAGCGGGCUGGCGCGGCGCGCCCCCAUGGGGAGCGGGCACUGGGCGCGCAGGGCGCUGGCGCCGUCCCCCGCAGUGCAGCAGCUGCAGCACCGGAAGCGCGUGGACCUGCAACGCGCCGGGCAAAAGCCCAGGCCCAGCCGGCUCUCGGCAGCCUCCCGCAUGGCCGGCCGCAGCAGCCAGUAAAGAACAACACCGUCGACAUGCCGCUAUAGGCUAUAGCACAUACUGAACAUACUGUGUGUACAUAGGAAAGAAAUUCCCCGAAUAAUUCCGGUCGCUGUAUAGAAGGAAGAUCGGUGGAGAUCAGGCCGGAAGGUUGGAGUUUUAAUACCCAAUUCGAUCCCGGCCUAGUCUAUUAGCUAGCCUGAAGCCUGUAGAUACUGUACAUAGAGUGAGCGUCUUCUUCCUCCCCGCUCCGCUGCACAUAGAGUGAGUUCGUCCUCUCUGCUCCACUUGUACAUAGAGUGAGCUCUCUGCCCGUUGUGUAUAGCCCUUGAUUUUGGUUCUGGAUAUACAUCAAUACUACAUGAGUGACAAAUUGGAGACAGAUA